AUGACUUCUCAUCAUGUGCAAUAUCCACUCUAUCCUGGAGGUUCUACGAACUCUAGUCGUCUAUCUUCAAAUUAUUCUAGUUCACCUUACUAUCAAACUACUAAGGCCGUCCCUUCUCCCGUCUUCCAUGGAGUACACCAACACUCUCAGCAGCCUACGUCAGCUUCUUUACAUCCAGACCCUUACCACCAAUCUUAUUCGUCGCAUCGUUCCUCACUCGCUCAAAAUGGAUCUUUACCACCUAGUCAUGGAACGCAAAAUUCUGGGGUACCGCCAAACCAUGAUAUAAUAACGAAUUCUGUGCAUGUUCCACCAUCUUCAUCUAGCACUGCUGGCACAAAUUAUUAUUGGCAGGGCCCGACUAGUAAUAGUGUCACCAGCAACCUAAGCAAUACUAUUAGAAGGGGUGCACAACCUGGCAAUAGCCAAGCUGGAGGAUAUAGCAAUUUGGAUAGCAAUGGAACUUCUGGGAUGUAUGAUCAUCUCUCAGCUAUCACUUCUAAUCACAACCAAACAUCUGCCUCCGGGAUUAAUAGCAGUCCAAAUCCUGUUAAAAUAAAUGGAACCAGCAUUUUGGCACCUCGAGUGAGAAACGGAUGCUUGUCUAAAAUAAAUACGCACUCAAAUGGUGUUCCCUCUCAUGUAAGCUCAUCUUCAACUCCAAUGUCACAGCAUAUGCAUAAUGGCCCCUCCGGAAUUUCUUCGCCUGGCAUUUCAGCACCCACAUCUGAUAGACCGUCUUGGAAAGAACGACCGCAUGUAGGAAAGUACAGUCUAAUCAGAACGAUCGGCAAGGGAAAUUUUGCUAAAGUUAAGCUGGCUCAGCAUCUUACUACCGGAAUGGAGGUUAGUAAUUUUCUAUAUAAUUUUUUGUCUUGA